AUGCAGCGAAGCCUACUGUUCAGUGACUAUUCGGCUUUUUCUGGCAGCUUACUACGUCAUUCGCAUACGCUGACUGCUUACGGCCUGCUACACUGGCAGGGCGAGUCUCACACCACCACCGUGGCGUCGCUAAGUAACCUGGUCGACGAAUUGAAGAAAUCCUUCAACUUCCGCGACUCUCGAUCUCUACUAAGCUCCACGACAACUUCUUCGUCAGGCGACACUGAAAACCAACACACGAACGCGCUAUCCAAAGUGUUGCGCGCCCUACAGCACCGCAGCUUCCACGACGUCGCCGAGUUCCUCACGAACCCUCGCCUCGACGACCCUACCUACCUUACCACCCUUGCUAUCGCACUAGCCUCUGUCAUCGUCACCAUGUCCUGGUUCUCGCGCACCGGCGGAAACUGGGGAGGACGCUUCUCGCCAUUUGGCCGGCCAGGCAACUCGCCCAACGCCGGCGUCGUCAACGACUCUGACUUUUCAUACAUCACCAACGAAGACCUCCGACGAAAUGGUCAAGCGCAAGCGCCCGAAAUCGUCGACUGGGAUGACAAGAACCCAGAACGGGAAACAGACGUUCUCAUCUUCAAGAACGGGCGCACACAUUACCCUACACACUUCCCCGCGCACAGCAUACGCGAUGGAGACCUGAAGAUUGGUACAGUCCGACAAGCGGCAGCAAAGAAGCUGGGCGUCGAUGACCACAGGCGGAUACGCAUGUUCUACAAGGGCAGGAAUCUGAAGCACGACGAGCGGACUGGACGGGAGGAAGGCCUCCGUGGUGACGGGACCGGUAGUGAGAUUCUGGUCACGGUAGGCGAAACCCCAGUCGGUGGCCUAGCACCCGGAUCAGAAGACGCACCACAACACGCAUACAGCGAGGGAGAGGACGACGAUGACGACGAAGAUGACGUCGACUCUGGCGCGAAUACUACAGGCAAGAAGAAGUCCCGCAAGCGCGGCGGCAGGAAGAGCAAGAAGAAGGGUCCUUCUUCGGCAAACGCCUCUGGCACCUCAACACCCGGCUACACAACUGGCGGGGCCGGCGCAGAAUACCUCCCUAUCCCCUCGCAUAUCAGCGCGGCACCGCGCCCGAGUCCCACUCCUCCCCCGGCCAAACCCGCCGAGCCCCAAACCCCAAUCGGCAAACUCGAUGCCAUCGCCAGCAAGUUCCACACCGAAUUCGUACCCAUGUGUGUGCAAUUCAUGGCCAGCCCGCCAGAAGAUAAGGCGAAGAGGACAUUCGAAUACAAGAAGCUGAGUGAGACUAUCUUGACCCAGAUCAUCUUCAAGCUAGAUGGUGUCGAGACGGAAGGUGAUCCAGAAGCUAGGCUCAAGCGCAAGGCUCUCGUCAAGGAGGUCCAGGGCAUGCUGACAAGGCUGGAUGAGGCCGGAAAGGCUGGUUAA